AUGACUGCUGCACCGCCUGUGUCUCACGCCGUUCCUCCAGAGGGUCUCAAUGGUGCAUCCGGUCAUCUCGCGCAUAAUCUGCCUCGAUAUCAAGCCAUCGCGAUGAAUCCGAACCCCCCUGCACACCCAGCCAUGCCUCCGCCAGAGCAGAUGGUGCAGAACCCUCACUAUCGUCACUAUGCGCCGCCACCUACCGUGCACGAAUCUCAUUCAGGACCCCCACCUCCACCCCCAGCGCCGGCCCUGUCCUCGCUCGAUCAGAUCGAGGCGCGCUUGCGUCAGCUGGAGCACGAGGAAAUGAACCGCAUGGCUGCGCGCCAACAUCUCCUGGCGAUACGCAAGCGCGAAGACGAGGAGUUUCGAAGAAUGACCGAAAGCGCCGAGGCUGAAGAGGAGGAUCUCCGGCGCCAACGGAAGAAGAUCAAGAGGGAGUCCAUGGGCCUGGGCCAGAAUCAGACAGUCGACUCUCCCCCCAUGCGUCCAACAGCGUCGCGCCGAUUGUCGGAAACCAGUGCGGCUACAACGCUGGCCUUUUUCAAGCAACAAAGCCCUCCAGAACCCCGUCAGACACUUUUACCACCCAUCUCACGGACACCGCAGCCUCCGCCUCAUCUGAUGCACCCUCAGCCUCAACACCCUACAGGCCCACCUGCGCCUCCAUCGCAGUCUUCUUCGUCCCAGCAUUCACAUUCGCAAGCCCAUCCAUCCCAAAGCCAGAAUCAACACCAACACUCUCAUCAGCAUCCUCACCAACAUCAUCCUUCUCACCAGCACCAGGCGCAACACCAUCACCCGCAUCCACACCCGCACCCGCACCCGCACCCGCAUUCUCAUCAGCACUCGCAACAGCAUCAACCUCUUCAACAACACCACCAGCACCAACAUUCUGUCAACUCUCAUGAACAAAUGAAUGGCGCAGGAUCAGUGCGAAGGAAACAAAAAUAUACGAUCAAAAACGUCGAGGCCUGGGGGGAACGCCAUGGUCGUCCUGCAGCCCAUGACCCUUCCGGGCGUGCGCUCUGGAAGCGGCCCUCGGACGGAAGCCUGGUGUAUUUGACGUGCCCAAUCCAAGGCUGCGGUAAAUCGGACUUUGUCACCUUGCACGGCUUCAUGUGUCAUUUGACGAAAAAGCACAAAGACCGGACCUUGGGAAGCCAGUCGCGGGCUCUCGAAAUGUGCGGCCUCAUCUACGACCCCAAUGCGCCGCUCCCUCCGGUACAGGCAUCCAACCGCGCCUCGAUGGGAGACAGUCCACUGGAUGGGGGUCUGGAUGACGAGGGUCACGAUCCCGAUAUGGAGUCGGAGCCCGAGGACAGCGAGGAGUCGCGCGAGGAGAUGUACAGGAUGAAGACCGAGGCAUCCGAGCGACACAUGAUCGAUGGACAACGGACUCCCGAGUCGCAGAAUGCGUCUCCAGUUCCACCCCGACUCACGAUGGGUAGCUCGAAUAAGCCAUCCAUCUCUUCUAUCAUUGACCGCACACCAGACUCCGGCUCGGGCCGUGAGACCCUUUCAUCGGCGCCUUCUUCCGAGUCUCUGUCCCAAGGCCUCACCCCGGUGUCCAUGGAACAGUCUGUACCUUUGAAACGCAAGUAUGAAUAUUCUCCAGGGAAGGAGAAUGCGGAACUCAGAUUGGGCUCCGCCAGUGAGUGA